UGUAACUAGUAGAAAAAUGUUGAGCAUGUAUUAAGUUGUUUGAUGGGUCAUACCCGACCCCAACCCGGCCGUGUCCGACGAUGAUGUUAAUUUCCCUUUUCGUUUGUUCUUCCUUCUCUUAUAACAGUACACUGUGUCGUGAGAACACUUAAUUUUCCCUCUUCAACAACAUCAACGAAACCCCAUUUAAACUUAUUUCCUAUCUUCUCUUCAAUGCUUCGCCGUCAUGUUCAAUUCAUCACUUCAAAAACGCCACGCGUCACAAUCAUAUCCAUCAUUCGCCAAAAAUCGAGCGGCGGAAGAAGGCCGAAGAAAAAAACAUACCCCAGAGUCCCCGCACUUGACAGAGUAAUGGAGCUUCGCAAGAAGCCAUCAUUGAUCCUCGAACUCAAAUCACUCAUUCAAUCCCAACCCAAAAACUUACCUCUCUUCCUCCGUGACCUCGAGAAGAACGUGGGCUUCGUUCGUAAAUGGGAUUUCAUGGCCCUCAUCGAGAAACACCCCACCAUUUUCCGUGUAACCGGAGCUCCCCCUUUUAUUUCGCUCACUGAUAAGGCCCAACGUGUGGCCCACGAAGAAGCCCAGGCCCGAGUGUUGAUGGAGCCUUUAUUAGUUACCAAUCUUAGGAAGCUCCUUAUGCUUUGUGUUGACUGUAGGCUUCCACUUGAAACGGUUGAGUUUGUUGGGCCUGAGUUGGGCUUGCCUUCGGAUUUCAAGGAAUGUUUGAUUGAAAACUACCCUCAGUUCUUUUCUGUUAGGCGUUUCAAUGGAAGGGAUUGUGUUUACUUGGAAGAUUGGGAUUCUACUUUGGCUGUUACUGCUAGAGAGACUAGAUUGGUACAGGAAGGAGUUGUGAACAUGAAGCCGGACGAGGAUAAGAGGAAGGUGAAGAUUUCAAGAGAUGGGAACUAUGCUGGUCCAUUUGCAUUCAAAGUGAACUUUCCUGCUGGUUUUAGACCAAAUGUUAAUUUCCUUGAGCAGUUCGAGAGGUGGCAGAAGUUGGACUUUCCUUCCCCAUAUUUGAAUGCAAGGAGGUUUGAUGCUGCAGAUCCGAAGACUCGAAAACGGGCUGUGGCAGUUAUUCACGAGCUCCUCAGUUUGACGAUGGAGAGGAGGAUGACAUCUGCACAGCUGGAUGCAUUUCAUGCAGAGUGUUAUUUGCCGUCACAAUUGCUGCUUUGCUUAAUAAAGCAUCAUGGGAUAUUUUACCUCACUAAUAAAGGUGUUAGGAGUACAGUCUUUCUCAAGGAUGCUUAUGUUGGUUCGACUUUGAUAGAUAAGUUUCCCUUAUUACAAUUUAAUGAUAAGUUUGUGGCACUCUGUGGUAGAGGAAGUAUUGAUUUGUGUGAAAGCAAGAGUUCUUUACAAGCUGUUGCUUAGAAGUUGAAUUUUUGGGAAGUCAGGGUCUGCUUUGCUCCCUGUUUGAAGGACAUCGAUAAUGAUAUUUAUCAUGGAAACGUUAAGAAAAAACAUCGAAGUACAUUGUCCUGAUCCUGAUACUUUCCUAAAUUUUGUUAUUCGAUCAGAUUAGUCUAACUGUUCGCACCUUGCAAGCGUGAAGAACAAGGUGAUGUAGAAAAGGUUAUUGUGUCAAAUUUGGAACCUUGCUAUAUCCUUGGUUCAUUUAGUUGACAAUUUGCACUGCAAAUCCAAUCCAAUUCAAGGUGUAUAUUUACUCUGAAAUAAUUUAAUAAUCUCUUUUCAUGAUGAUAAAAAAUGCAUUUAUGAAGGCUUGAAUGGAGACUUUGGCACUGUAUGUAACAUUUGAACGAGAUCUUAGGUUGCGUGUACUCCUCUUAAUGCAUCAUAGCUGACAAUUAAGGACAUGUAAUCAUUUCAAGAGCAGCUAUCAGAAUUUUGGUGUAAUAACUGUUCUGAAUGCUUUCUGUACUUGUUUGAGUAAAUAUUUUUAGCAUGCUGACUUAGCCAACAGUUCUUGUGCAGAAAUUGUUCUUGAUGAAAAUUGACACAGCCCAUCAGUGAGUUUUUUAAUAAAUUGUUAUUGUGACUUAAUACCUGUAAAGCGUACACUGGCCAUUGUCAUCAAUAUUGAAAAGAUCGUUGGUGGAUUUAUAGAUUGAAGUUUGCGUGUAUUAAAUGAUUAAACUGUAAGAGAAGACAAAUUCUUAUAGAAUGGAUUCACAAUAUAAUUUUUCUUUAAUUUAUUGACUCUGUCUGACCUCGGUUUCUAUUCAAUUUCAAAAAAAUGCAGGUUCUUUGAUGGUGAGCCUUGGAAUGGAUGUAAAUUCCUUAUUGGACUCACAUCUAACAUAUUUUAGAUACAUACGACUUCUAAGGGAAGUAACUAGUAAGUACAUUCAUAUCACUUGAUGUAUUACAUACUUGUAACUAUUAGAUCAUUAUGUGAAGUUUAAACUUACAUUACAUAAGAUAAUGAAAUAAAUUCAAUCCCCUUAUCGGUU